AUGAUAGAGCGGAAGUGGGAUCAUGGACCCUACGGAGAGGCCAUAGACGACAGGAAGAACCUGAUUGGAGCAGAGUCACCGAACACUUCGGCCGAUUGGCAGACAGCGUUGAGUCACCAGGACUCGACUAAGAUGUUGACUGCAGUCCAAGGCAGUCCGAAAACCCAGAGUCAGGUCCCUUCGGACCACCGGGAGCGAUCGAUGGCUGGAUCCGGGAUAGAGCACGACUCCACUAGUAUGGCAGUUGUAGCCACGAAGCCAACAAGCAACGACAACACGAAAAUCACAGACAACAGACCUAGACGGGAGAAACUGUACGCCACAUCUUCGAAUUGCAACGCAUUUAAGGAGUUCGAGCCAUUCGUGGAUGAAGAUGUGGACGAAAAAAUGAAGAAGCUGCACGAUUUGUACAACACUCGACCUCACAAAAUAGAAGAACAGCUGAAGUACUUUGAGCUGGUGGAACCACAGCUGAACGAGACCUUCUUCAGACACAAGCCAAUAGUGCUGGUGAUAGGGGAGGUGAACACGGGCAAGACCAGCCUCAUCAACUUCCUCCUGGGCGACAAAAAGUACACGGGCAGUAUCGUCAGUCCCGAACGGUCCACAAAUGGCUUCUCGAUCAUUGAUAAAGCGAACAAGGAUGAACGAGUGAGUGGUCGCAAUCUGGUCUCAGACCCGAAGAGACCCUUCAGGGAACUGAACCAAUUCGGAAGUGACUUCCUCGAGAACCUCUACCACGUUUUAGUCAGUGGAGCUGCAAUCCUCGAGAACUGCUACAUCGUCGACACUCCGGGAAUAGUGAAAGGGUCAACUAAGGCGAAGGAUGGGUAUGAAAUGGUGGAUGUGAUCAAGUGGUUUGCCAACAUGUGCGACUGCAUCAUCCUCGUCUGGGACGCCCAUAGCUGGCGUAUGUCCGACGCAAUCAAGGAACUGUUCCAGGAGUGUCUGUGCAAUCAACAUCGAAAAUUCUGCAUCGCAUUGAGCAAGUGUGACUUACAGCAUGUGAGCAGAGUGCCAGUUGGACACACAUUCGUGGAGCAGAACUCACGCCACGUUGUUGAGAUGCAGGUGAUUUGGAUGGUGGCCAAGUUCUUUGACAGCUUCGAGAUGUUCCACUUAUUCAAUGUGAGCACGGUACAGAGACCCUUGCCGUCCAAGUGUGAUGUGGAGAUGAUUGACAUCUUCCACGACAACAUGAUGCGACAUUUCCUGUUGCUGAAACGGCACAGGGUCCAGAACAUGGUCGACACCGUGGAGCUCAGACUGAAAAGGUGUCGAGAGCUGAUCGCCAUCAUCAGGGAGCUGCAGACUAAAUUGGGAUACUUCGGGAAAGAGAAGAAAAAGCAAAACGUGCUGGCAAACCUCUGGGAUUUCCUGCGAGACCUGGACGUCAAGUACCUCAACGUGCACGAGUUGAAGAAGAAUCUGGAAAAAUUUGACUUCGGCAAUCUUCCCAAGAUAUCUGGAAAUCAACUAACACUCUCCAUUGAUCAGUCUCUAGAAGAGGUUCGUCGGAUGAUAAAUUCUUCUUACUUGGACAUCGAAGUCGAGCUGCCCCCUCAGUACAAGCCCUCAUUAGCAAAGAAAUGA